AUGAAGGUAUCAUUGUUAAUAACCGUCGUUGGAGAAGCCACAUACGCGUUGAUGUGCGAUUUGUGUGCACCAACGUUUCCGGAGGACAAGAAAUUUGACGAAUUAGUGAAAUUAGUGACAGAGCACUUGGAGCCACAGCGCUCCGAGAUCGCCGAGCGGCACGUGUUUCGAUUACGUCGGCAACGCCCGGGCGAGUCGCUCGCGAAAUACCUACAGGAGUUGAAGCACCUCGCGACCACCUGCAAUUUCGGAAAGUGCAGCCAGUGCUCCACGCUUGAGGAGAAUUUGAGAGACCAGUUCGUGUCGGGUCUGGCGAGUGACGUCAUGAGGUCUCGAAUAUUCGCAGAAAAGAGCAUCAAGUACAAGGAGGCGGUGGAGUUGGCUCUGGCUCUGGAGGCCGCAGAGAAACACGCAGAGGUGAGCGGCACCGCGGGAGCAUCGACAACAACGGACUCGGCGGGCGCGGCGAGUGGCGAGGCGGGCGAGGGCCUGCACUACGCGCGCGGCCAGCGCGAGGCCCGGCCCCGGCGGACGGCGCGGGGGGGCGCGGCGGACGCCAGCGGGCCGGGCGCGGGAGGCGCGUCGGCGGCGGCGGACGGCGCUCGCGCUCGGGCCUGCUGGCGCUGUGGCAAGCCGCACGCCGCGGAUAAGUGUCGGUUUAAAAACUACAGUUGUGACGAGUGCGGCCAAAAAGGUCAUCUGAAAGUGAUGUGCAAAAGAGUGCGCGGUAGUGGCGGCCGGCAAAAUUACGUAAGCGACGACUCGGACGACGGUAUGUUCAACAUCGAAGUGACGGCGGAAGGUAACCGACCUUAUUUUGUUAAAUUGACCGUAGACGAUGUGAUGAUCGAGUGCGAGAUGGACACGGGAAGUAAAAUUUCGGCUAUCAGCGAUGAGAUGUACUCGCGCAUGUUUAAUCAUAAAAAGAUUAGGGUAGAUAAUUUAAUGUUACGUGGUUAUUCGGGCACACGGAUCGAUUCUCUCGGUUACAUCGAGGUGGACGUUCGUUUAGGCGACGUCCUUAGAAAUUCAUUGCGGUUAUAUGUCAUCCGAGGCGGAGCACGGCCCUUACUCGGAAGGGAAUGGAUGCGCGCCCUGAAAAUUACACAAAUUAACCUCAAUGAAAUAACGGAGAAUGGAUUCGUGAGCAGAUUGUGUGCGGAAUAUCCGGAAGUAUUUACUGAUAAAAUAGGUACAUGUAAGCGGCCGAUCCGACUUCAGCUAACGGAUAACGAACCGAUAUACGUGCGAGCGCGACCGGUGCCGCUAGCGCUGCGCGCACGCGUCGAGCGGGAGUUGCUGCGUCUCGAGGAGGAUGGCUCCAUUUAUCGCGUAGAUUAUUCAGAUUACGGAACCCCAAUAGUACCAGUUGUAAAGAAAAAUGGGGACAUACGCAUAUGCGGUGAUUAUAAGACCACCAUAAACCCAAAAUUAAAGCGUGAUUAUUAUCCGUUGCCUCGCAUAGACGAGUUAUUUGCAAACCUUAGUGGCGGGGAAAAAUUUACAAAAAUCGACCUAAGGCAUGCUUAUGAACAAUGCCUUAUAACGGAUGAUAGUCAGCCCUAUACCGCAAUAACUACACAUAUGGGCACGUUUGCGUACCGCCGCACACCAUAUGGGUUGUCAUGCGUACCGGAAAAAUUCCAAAAGAUAAUGGAGGAGACCUUACGGGGAGUGUCGGGCUGUGUAGUGUUUUUGGACGAUAUUUGCGUAACGGGUGUCAAUAAAAAAGAACAUGCAAAAAAUUUAAGAGCUGUACUCGGAAGGUUGCGUGAUAUGGGACUAACUAUUAAGUUAAGUAAAUGUAGAUUUUUACAGGAUAGGGUCAAUUACCUGGGUUUUAUUAUUGAUAAGGACGGUUUGCGGCCGGACCCCAGUAAACUGGAGGCCAUUUCCAGGGCGCCCACCCCAGAGAACAUAUCGCAACUAAAAAGUUUCUUGGGUAUGCUAAAUUAUUAUGGACAUUUUAUACAAAAUUUAAGCACAUUGUUAUCCCCGUUACAUAAUCUUUUAAGAAAGCACGUCUGCUGGAAAUGGGACUCCAAUUGUGAACACGCUUUCGCAGAAGCGAAGCGAACCCUUUUGAGCGAGCGCGUACUGGCACAUUAUGAAGAGGGGCGCGAGCUGGUGUUGUCGGUGGACAGCAGUGCGUAUGGGUUGGGUGCAGUACUGGCGCACCGGUAUUCAGAUGGUAGCGAACGUCCUGUCAGUUGUGUUUCUCGCACACUCAGCGCGCCCGAGCGAAAUUACAGUCAACUUGAUAAAGAGGCACUCGCUAUCUUAUUCGGAGUUACGAAGCACCAUCAAUAUUUGUUCGGUAGACGGUUCAUGUUGCGCACCGACCACCAGCCAUUGACACACAUUUUUGGAAAAAAAGGAGGCAUCCCACAGACGGCCGCUAGUCGCUUACAACGGUGGGCGGCGCGUCUAGCUGCGUAUGAUUUUGAUAUCGAGUUUGUCCGAUCGGCGGACAACGGUCCUGCCGACGCCUUGUCGCGACUUCCGCUCGCUCAGGAGGGUUGGGCUUCAGAAAAUGUGGCAGAUUAUUUAAAUGUGGUAGAAGAGGCCAUGCCCAUCUCUUUCAAAGAGGUGGCUAAAGAAACGGAAAGGGACCCUGUGUUAAGUAGAAUUAAAGGUUAUGUACUUUUUGGGUGGCCGUUAUCGGGACCGAACAGUGAUGAGGAAAGGCCGUACUUUGCGAGGAAACUAGAUUUAAUAGCUAAUCAAGGUUGCUUAAUUUACAAAUAUAGAAUUGUAAUACCGCCGACCCUGCAAAAACAAAUUUUAGCAGAUAUUCAUGACGGGCACUUAGGUAUUAAUAAAAUGAAGAGCUUGUCACGCAGCUACGUCUAUUGGCCAAGUUUAGAUUUUGAUUUAGAACAGGUGGGUCGAGCUUGCGAGGCAUGUCGGACAGUGCGUGACGCGCCCCCACACGCUCGACUCCACCCGUGGGAGUUCCCAUUGCACCCGUGGCAACGUAUUCAUGCCGAUUUUGCCGACUGUUUUGGGACGCGCUAUCUAAUCAUAGUAGACGCUCACUCGAAGUGGAUAGAGGCCAUAGCGAUGCAACGUGCGGACGCGGGUGCUACUAUUAAAGUAUUUAGGAGUAUCUUUGCACGAUUCGGUUUGCCAUCCCAGCUCGUCACCGAUAACGGACCGCCUUUCUUUUCUCAAGAAUUUAAGUCAUAUUGUGAGAUGAAUUGCAUUAAACAUGUCACUUCAGCCCCCUAUAGACCCCAAGGGAACGGUGCUGCGGAAAACGCAGUUAAAACUGUAAAAAAGGCAAUUAAAAGAGCUAAGCAUGAAGGGGAAGAAGUCACUAUGGCGUUACAGAAAUUUUUAUUCCAAUAUCGCAACUGUGUACACGCCACGACCGGGGUGUCGCCGGCAGUUGCUUUGCAAGGACGACGACUACGUAGUCGUCUGGACGCUCUGCGCCCGGACGUCGCGGCAGUCGUGCGGGCCGCGCAGGAGCGACAAGUUGCACACGCGGGGGGUACUCACCGGCAAUUCCGAGUGGGGGACUCGGUGAUGACUCGCGACUACACUUCGAGGGGGGACAAGUGGGCCGAAGGAAAAGUGACUAAAAUAACGGGACCUAUUUCGUAUAGAGUCGAUGUAGGGAAGGGCGUAGAGUGGCGCAGACACGCUGACCAAAUUGUGCCAGCCGGCGAUAGAAACAGAUAUUCUCUAACACGAACGGCUACCGGGCCGGCGGCGGCGGUUAUAACGCCAGAACUUAGUGGUGACCUCGGGGUCAAUCGGGAGACUGAAGGGGACACCUUGAAGGACGCGCACACCGGUGGGGACGCUGAGAGCCAAUCUUUCGAGGAGUUACCGGAGACGCUCACCCCUCGUGUGGAGCAAGCAUUCGAAAAUGCAGCAGAGUCACUCCCGGGGCAAGCGCUCCCAGCAUCCCCGCCGAUGGGCACGACUGCUCGCGCACUGCGUGCAUUUGAGCGAGCAAAGCGCAAAGUUAUGCACUUUUUAGAAUAA